CAAUGAAUGACUUCCGCCGGAACGCAGAGUUUGACACUUCUGGUGAAACUUAGCGUUGACUUAACUCUGGCAGCAGCGACAAAUACAUCUCGGCUCAGCCAUGUCUGAUGAAUUUGUGCUGUAAAACCUGCGUCAAUAUUGCAAAUCACUACGGAAUCGCACUGAACAAACCCAGUUGAUAGACGUAUAUGUAUUUUUUUUAAGGAAGCUGGAUCGCUAACAAUUACUGUUACGUUAGCAACAAGCUAGCUAACGUUAUCUAUAUCCACAAGUACGUGUAGUCGUCAACGUUUUACACGGUUGGGUGUCACAAAAGAAUGGUUGGUGACGGUGUCAUUUACUAGCUACUGCCAACCAGAAAAUCUAACUAGCUAGCUAGCUGCUUAAUCCGUUUUCUUCGAGAACUACGACAACGCUACCCCAGCACUGCCCAUCCAGGCAGUCAGUGUUAACAAAACAAGAGAUUGGAGCGAUGACGGCAACAUCAUGUCUGGGAGAUAUCCUUUAGUCGAGAAAGCCCUCUCAGAGGGCUAUGCUCGGUUUAGGUUCAAGGACACGUCGCUGCUAAUUUGGCAACAGCAGCAAAUGGAGCUGGAACAGGGACCACCGAGUAACUACCUCAGUCGGAGUCAAAGUACGUGGUACAGUCAGUAUGGAAACCAGGCAGUCGUGGUACGGGACAAACGAACUGUCACAGUGGAUCCAAUUGCUGACGCUGGAAGUUCCAGAAUAUGUUUGAUUAUGUGACAGUUAUAGUGACACAUACAUUUAUUCAUAUGCCCUACGCUUCCAUAUUUGUAAACUGUUUGUGCAAAAAUAUAUGGUGCAGACUGAAGUUGAUUAUUUGUGUCCUGAAAGACGUCUGCCAUAAACAUGUCAUGACCGACUAUGUGGUGGUCAAAGUAAGCCUGUGCAUGUACAUUGGGGUAUGGCAGUGUUAGCUAAGGUUUACAUUGGGGCAGCAGGUGUCCUAGUGGUUAGGGCGUUGGACAAGCUGACGAGGUAAAACACGUCUUUCUACCCCUGAACAAGGCAGUUAACUCACUGUUCCUAGGCCGUCAUUGAAAAUAAGAAUUUGACUUGCCUAGUUAAAUGUAAAGCAUUUUUUUAAUCAUUUAUAGCAUUUUUGCAUUUCAAUGCAGUAUUGUCAAUAUAUGCACUUGUCUCUCACGAACACUUGUAACAAGACAAUUGUUGCAACAGCAAGUGGAGGUUGAUUAUGUAAGUCGCUCUGGAUAAGAGCGUCUGCUAAAUGACUUAAAUGUAAUGUAAAUGUUGAUUAUGUGCAUUGUUCUGUGAAAUAAGUCUGCACUUUUUCAAUUCAAUUUCUGUCUGUUACAUACCAUAAACCUUUAACAUAGCUAAUGCCCCUGCCAGCUUUAACAGCUGUGAUGUGGAUAGUAUACAAAGACUCCAGGAGCUCACAAUUGUAUGUAGUUUAUUCAUUAAAACAAACUCAGAAAAUAAGGGAUCCCAUGUAAAUAAUUACAUCAAAUAUUCACUUUGUUUGCCCUGCAUCCCCAUAUAUUUUCACCCUUAUAACAACAUGAAUCUUACAUUUCUCAAAGACAUGUCUACAGAAGUUACUAUACUGUGUUACAAAAUAUUUAAGUUGCAGCAGGAGGGUAGGCAAAUACAUACAAUUGUUUUGAAAUAAAAAUGACCUAUGACCAAGAACUAAAAGGAACAAAUCAGUGAAUAUGGUGAAAACCCUUUAGAAAGUAUUCAAACCCCUACUUUUGCCACAUUCUGUUGUUAUAAAGGGGUAUUCAAAUUAAUAUAGUUUUCUGUCAACGAUCUACACAUGUCAAAGUGGAUUUUUUUUUUAAUCAGUAAAGAAAUCACUCUUGAUUAGGUAAAUAUUCAACCCCUGAGUAAAUACAUGUUAUACUGAACAAAAAUAAAACGCAACAUAUGUCUAAA